UUUGGGGCUGAAUUCCGAAGGUUCUCCUUAGACCGUCAUAAGCCUGGGAAGUUUGAAGAUUUCUACCAGCUGGUUGUGCACACCCAUCACAUCUCCAACACUGAUGUGACGAUCGGCUACGCAGAUGUGCAUGGGGACCUGCUGCCUAUCAACAACGAUGACAAUUUCUGCAAAGCGGUCUCCAGUGCGAAUCCCCUGCUCAGAGUCUUCAUCCAGAAACGAGAGGAGGCAGACCACUACAGCUUCGGGGCAGGCACGCUGUCGCGGAAGAAGAGAGUGCUGGUGACUCUGCGGGACGAGGGUCUCCGCCGGCGCGCCCACCUGGACAUCGGCAUGCCACAUGACUUCCGCCCGGUGUCCUCCAUCAUCGACGUGGACAUCCUCCCCGAGACUCACCGCCGGGUGCGCCUCUACAGACACGGCUGCGAGAAGCCACUGGGCUUCUACAUCCGAGAUGGGACCAGUGUGCGGGUAACGCCCCAGGGGCUGGAGAAGGUCCCGGGCAUCUUCAUUUCCCGCAUGGUGCCCGGAGGCCUGGCCGAGAGCACCGGGCUCCUCGCUGUGAAUGACGAGGUGCUGGAGGUCAACGGGAUCGAGGUGGCCGGGAAGACGCUGGAUCAGGUCACAGACAUGAUGAUCGCCAACAGCCACAACCUCAUUGUCACCGUCAAGCCUGCCAACCAGAGGAACAACGUGGUCCGCAGCAGCCGCACGUCGGGCAGCUCCGGCCAGUCCACGGACAGCACCGCCAGCCACCACAGCCUGCAGGCUGCCCACGUCCUGCAGAACUUCCACCUGGAGGAGAUGGAAAGUGAUGAGGAGGCCGACAUUGUCAUCGAAGGGGCUCUGGAGUCUCAACACGUCCCCAAGGCUCAAGGCCUCGUGCGGGCCAACGGCGCAGGGCUGGCCCACAGUCUGCAGCGGGACCUGGGCCUGCACAACUCCGGGAGGGAGAGCAAUGGCAGCAUUCACAAACUGCUCAGCUCCCUGAAGCCAGACCCUCGCCACACGCUGGUCCUCCCACAAGGAGGGGUGGAGGAGCACGGGCCGGCCGUCACGCUGUAGGAGCCGGCCUCUGGCCCAG